UUUCUUCAAUAUCCGGCUAUCUUGCUAGCUAGCUAAAUAGCUGUAUAGCUAGCUAGCUAGAUAGACACCUGUUUGGCUAGCUUUCUAUAGCUAGCUAGAGCGAUAGAUAUUGUUAACUAGCUAGCUAUAUAUCCGUUUUUAUUUUGAAAGUCACCCACCGGAUGCCGUGCCGCUCUCUCCCGUUGACGCCUGCCGCAGCGCGCAGACCGGGAGGCAGACGAGCAGAGGACGGAGCUGGACGCGAGGCACGGACCGCUCGUGAAGUCGCUGUCCCGCUGUGUGAACGUUAGCUCGGACACAUCACCGACACGCGGACGCAGCGCAGAGCAGAGGGGGAACAUCAUGGCGACGCUGGGGCCGGACUCGGCUCGCCCUCCGCCCUCGCAGCUCGCUGCUCCGCCGUCGAGCCACACACACAUCGGCGGCGGCGGCGCCAACCUGCCGCCCAGCCGCGGGCUGGAGCGGGCGCUGGAGGAGGCUGCGGCCAGCGGCGCCCUCAACAUCAGCUCCCGGAAACUGAAGGAGUUCCCCCGCACGGCGGCCAACCACGACCUGACGGACACGGUGGAGGCAGAUCUGUCAAAGAACCGACUGACCGACGUCCCCUCGGAGGUCUGUCACCUAGUCGCCUUGGAAACACUAAGCCUGUAUCACAACUGCAUCAGGACCAUCCCAGACGGCAUCAUCAGCCUGCAGUCGCUCACCUCCCUAAACCUCAGUCGGAACCAGCUGUGCGCUCUGCCCUCGUGUCUCUGUGGUUUACCUCUGAGGGUCCUGAACGCCAGCAACAACAAGCUGGUCAGUCUGCCAGAGAGCAUCCGACAGCUGCACUGCCUCAUGGAGCUGGACAUCAGCUGCAACGAGAUCACGGCUCUCCCUCGUCACAUCGGUCGACUCAAAGCUCUGCGGGAGCUGAACGUGCGACGCAACCUCCUCUGCGUCCUGCCAGAGGACCUGGCCGACCUUCCUCUGGUGAAGUUCGACUUCUCCUGUAACAAGGUCUCCACCAUCCCGGUGUGUUUCAGGAAGAUGAAGCAGCUCCAGUCGCUGCAGCUGGAGAACAAUCCGCUGCAGAGUCCACCUGCACAGAUCUGUUUGAAGGGUAAAGUCCACAUCUUCAAGUACCUGAGCAUCGAGGCGUGUCGCAGCGAGAAGAUGCCCGAUGCACUCUACCUGCCCGCCAUGGAGCGGCUCAGCCUAUCACGGCCCACCGCCGGCAGUGUGGAGGACAUGGAGCAGCAGAAGAAGCAGGACAGCGACUCAGGCGUCGGCAGUGACAACGGAGACAAGAGACUGUCUGCUACGGAGCCGUCGGAUGAAGACAGUCUGAGUCUCAACGUGCCGAUGAGUCACAUUACAGAGGAGGAGGGACUCAGCAAGGACGACUCCAUUGAACACAUCAGCUCCCUGACAGCAGACCCGGACUCGGUGCGUCUGAUCGAGGAGAGUCCUACGGAAGCCCUGAAGGAGCAGUUCGGCUACAGAGACUCCGCCCUCAGCACUCGCUUCGUCAACUACAUCAAGGGUCGGACAGCAGCGGACUUCGACGAGCCUCUCAGGAUAGAAGAAGACUCACCGUGGCAAACAGAACAAACGUCAAAGGUCACAGGGGGCACGGCGCUCCACAUCGACAUGAUCAACCAGCUGCAGGAGGCCGUGGAGCUGCUGCAGGACCCGGGCAGAGUGACGACGGAGCAGGACGACAUGUCCGGAGUCCGACUCUACCCAGUGGAGAUGGUCACGGUGGACGAGUCGCUCAAUGGACAGGACAGCGAUGACGGCUGCACCACACCAAAGCGAGGUGACCGAUGUCCAGCCGGCGGACCCCCCUCCUUCCCCAGCCCGCCGUUUGGACUGAAGCCCCGAUCAGCCCCGCCCUCGCUGCCCUGCUCGCCCCCUCCUUCCUGUUUCGCCCCCUCCCUCCUCUCACAGGCCUCGCCCCUCUGUAGAGACACGCCGCGUAGCCACGACGACGGAGGCGUGCACAGCCGCGUUUUCCUGCGGAGCCACAAGAGUCUGGAGUCUGUGGAUCCUCAGUUCACCAUGAGGAGAAAGAUGGAGCAGCUCCGGGAGGAACUGGAGCUGAUGGAGCAGCUCAGAGACAGCAUCGAGAGCAGACUGAAGGUCGUCCUUCCCGAGGACCUGGGCUCAUCUCUGAUGGACGGCGUCGUGCUCUGUCACCUGGCCAAUCACAUUCGUCCUCGCUCCGUCGCCAGCAUCCACGUCCCCUCGCCUGCAGUGCCCAAACUCAGCAUGGCCAAGUGUCGCCGCAACGUGGAGAACUUCCUGGACGCCUGCAGGAAGAUCGGUGUUCCAGAGUCUUCCCUCUGUUCGCCCUACGACAUCAUCCAGUGCCGUCUGCAGCCGCUCCGCGCCACGCUCCGGGCGCUGAUCGCCAUGGACGCGACCUCUCGGAACAGGAAGUGGGAAGAGGCGAUCUCAACGCCAAACUCCGCCCCCUCCUCCUCCGGGGUGUCAGCGACUCCGUCAUUGGUUUCUGUCACCACUCAAACUCCGCCCCCCGCCUGGCAAAUCUGGGACCUGAUUGGCUCGAGCCUGCUUCACGUCCUUUGCCUUGUUCUGCUCUUCGUGGCCUAUAGUUGGAGCGAGCUGACGUAACCGUGACAACAGCCGCCUUGUUAAUCUCCUGCUAGCCCCGCCCCUUUUCUGCCCAGGCUCCUCCUCCUUCUUUUUUUGCUGCAUUUAUGUCACGGGACAAAAUCGUGCUCAAAUUUGAACCUGGAACUGUGAUCAGAGAUUUGUCCAGUAAAGAUGAUUCAAUUGUUUCCCCCUUUUUUCUUUUUAUAAUUUCCCAUAUUUGACACUGAUCUGGUGUUUUAUUUAAAAAUAGGAUAUUUUAGAAAGUGUGUGGAAUCACAGAAAUUAUUUUACAAUGUUGGAGUUUCACAAAUAGUCUUUUGAGAAACUUGGGAAAGUCGGUGUGUCGAUAAAAAACAAACUAUGACAAAGUUUAAUGGAAACUGAAAAUGAAUGAAGAGCGAGAAACAUCCGAUGUGAGCGGAACCUUCCUCAUUCAUACAUGACACAAACAGAAAUGUUUUAGAUUCUCACUUCCUGGACUGUCCAUCACGUACAGUAUGAACAAUAACGCUCUCAGUGAGAAUCGUCUCCACUGGUCACGCUGGUGACGAGACAAAACAAACAAUAUCCCAAACUAAUUUCAUGACACUUUUGAGUUUUGGAUUAUUAGAGUUUUGAAUUAAAUGACAUGACUUCCUGUAGUUGGACGCUGGAAGUCGGUCAGAGUCUAUAUAAUCAUAUUUAAUGCAGCGCAGCAGCUCAACACUUAUGAGUUUUGUUUCAUGUGAACGGACAAUAUCAUUUUACACAACGACAGACUUGAUUUUAAGAUCUAAUCCUCCGUUACCGCCACUGAAAUCCUUCAGUUCACGUGUUAUGUGCAUCACGUUCUUUAUCUGGGCUAGAAGAAAAUACACUGAAUAUUCUGGUAUGAAAUCAAAUACAUAUACACACACACACAUAUAUAUAUAUAUAUAUAUAUAUAUAUAUAUAUAUAUAUAUAUAUAUAUAUAUAAAUCAAAGACGAGAGUAGACGAAUUUGGCGUCACUCGGUCUUUGGGUCAACUGUGUUGCUGUGCGUUUGCAGCCCCUUCCUCCUCUUCCUCCUCUUCCUCCUCUUCCUCGAACUCGCUCCACUUGUUUCCUGAUACAAUGUGAAUGUUUGUCUGAAGGGCUAAAGACACUAGAUAUAUAUAUUAGACAUGUUAAGUUAUUGAUUUUAAAGGUGGUUUGAUACGUGGAUGAAACUUCAGUCAGUUUGUAUAUCGAGAGAAUGGAUCACUUUUCCUGGCUGCUGAUUGGUUGUUGGAUUAAUUCAUAGAGUGAAUGAAGAUGUUUUCACUUAACGUUCCAGAGUAUGUGACACACUGGGUGAGUCACUGUGUACGAGCUCCGUUCUCUUUCUGAUUAUUACACUUAUUCAUAUUCUGCUCUUUGAUUCCAGCAGUCAAUUAUUUCUGUUUACGUUGUCGCCACAUUCACUGCACAGAUUGAUUUUUUCUUCACUUUGUGCUGAUGUGGGGGGAUUUCCUGUGUGAUGGGAACUGUUUUUAAGAAGUGUGUCUGAUAUUUGACAGUGUGAAAGUCUGAGGUAAUAAAAAGCAGUUUAGGGUU